AGACAAGAUUAUUGGCCUAAAAUUGAAGCCCUUUCUUUUUGUUUUUCUGUUUCCUUUGCCUUUCCACUUUUUUGCAUGCUAUUCUCUAUCUCCCUCACUCUCUCUCUUUCACUGUGGUGGGAAGCAUAUAUCCCAAAAGCUCAACCAAAAUUUGUUUCACCUAUAUAAACCCCAUCAUCAUCUUGCUAUUCCAUCCUUCAAUUCAUUACCAAUUUGCCACUUCAUCAUCCAACCCCCAAAAAAAAAAAACUUCAUUCCAAGUUCAUUUUUCCUUGAACCUUAAAUUACUUAUAAUUUUCCUCCUUGGAUCAUAAUCUCCAGAACCUCAUAUUUAUUUUACUAAACUAUGGAGCAAAACCAACUCAUGAGACGCCAACUUACUAGUAUGAGACAAUCCCUUUUCGAUCAGGGGUAUCUAGACGAACAAUUCAUUCAGUUGGAAGAGCUGCAGGAUGAUGCAAAUCCCAAUUUUGUUGAAGAAGUUGUGACACUCUUCUAUAGGGAUUCGGCUCGCAUCAUUCAAAACUUAGAGCAAGCACUGGAGAAGUAUCCUCUUGAUUUUACAAAGCUGGAUGCAUAUAUGCACCAAUUCAAGGGAAGUUGUUCGAGCAUUGGAGCCAAGAAAGUGAAAAGCGAAAGCACACAGUUCAGAGACUACUGCAGAAUGGGAAAUGCAGAAGGAUGCUGGAGAACUUUCCAACAGCUGAAGAAAGAAUAUUCUACUCUGAAAAAGAAGCUGGAAACAUAUUUUCAGUACGCAAGGCAAGCUGGACCAUUUGAAAAGGCAUGUCGCCCCAAAUGAGUGAAGAAUCUGUGGGAAUGAAUAUGGACGAAUUUUAGCUAAAACUGAAAUUAGCCAAAAAUCAAAUUAGUGCAACAUGUCGAGUUUGAGCUCUUCUUGUAUGCAUAUAUGUGUUUUCUGUAUCGAUCAUUAUUGUACGUGGUCCUUAGUUCCAAUAUCCGGUAAUAAAGACAGAAAGUGAGUUUUUAGUUUUUGCACGUCCUUUUCUAUUUUCUAAUAUACGUAUUUUGUAUUU